UCUGUUGGGACUAACGACAAAAUUAAACAUGUUUAUCAUGUAGAGUAUUUUCAUACCAAUGCAAUAUAAAUUGCUAGCGAGUUUCAUUAUUGUUUACUCAUAUUAUUAUUACUUGUUAUUGUUUUUCAUUUUCACAAUGGCAAAGCUUUAUGUGUUUUUGGCCACUCUUAUAUGCAUUGGUAUCCUAUUUCAUGAUGGAAAAGUUGGUGCUUUGAGUAGUGAAGAUGGAUCAGAGGAAUGGGGAUAUGUACAAGUUAGACCUAAAGCACACAUGUUUUGGUGGCAUUAUAAAAGUCCCUACAGAGUGGAGAAUUCCUCCGAGCCAUGGCCAAUAAUUCUCUGGUUGGGGGGAGGACCACCAGGUGGUUCAGCAGUUGCAAUUGGAAAUUUUCAAGAGAUUGGCCCUCUUGAUCUCGAUUUGAAGCAAAGGAAUUUCACUUGGUUGAGAAAAGCAGAUUUGCUAUUUGUGGAAAAUCCAGUUGGAAUAGGGUACAGUUUUGUUGAGGAUUACACCAGCUUAUUUGUUAAAACAGACGAGGAUGCAGCCACCGACUUGGUUACAUUAUUAAUCAAAGUAUUCAAUAAUGAUUCAUUCCUCCAAAAGUGUAAUUUAUUCAUUUUUGGAGAAUCUUAUGGUGGAAAAUUUGCUGCUACUCUUGGAUUAUCAGCCUACAAAGCAAUUAAAAAUGGAACAUUGAAGGCCAAACUUGGAGGUGUGGUAUUAGCAGAUAGUUGGAUCUCCCCAGAAGAUUAUGUGUUCUCAUGGGCUCCUCUAUUGAAAGACCUCUCAAGAAUAGAUGACAAUGGACUACAAAAAUCAAACAUUUUGGCUGAAAAGAUGAAGCAACAACUUGAUGCUGGUGAAUUUUCGAAUGCAUUUGAUACAUGGAAAGAAGUUGAAGAUGUAAUUAGCAAUAGCAGCAACUAUGUGAGUUUCACUGAUUUUAUGGCGGAUGUUGGAAGAAAUUUGUCAACAACAAAGAAGAGAUCAUUCUUUGAAAUAUCAAUGAGGCGUAAAGAUGAUGUAUACAACUUAUUAAAUGGUGCCAUAAGGAAAAAAUUAAAGAUCAUUCCAAAGAUUCUUAUGUGGACACCCUGGUGUGAAGGUGUGUUUAACAGUUUAAAAGGUGAUUUUAUGAAACCAAGAAUAGCUGAGGUUGAUGAGUUGCUAGCUCUUGGGGUCAAUGUGACUAUCUACAAUGGACAAGUUGAUCUACUUUGUUCAACCAAGGGAACUGAAGCUUGGGUCAAGAAACUCAAGUACCUCUUUUUGAGCCAUGCAUAGCACUAAACAUGGUGGGUGCAAUUACAAAAUCACCAGCGCCUUGAAUUUAUCUUAUAUGGCAUACAUAUUGUUAAAUAUAAAUAAUACAAAUAGAGAAUGAAACAGAGAUCCUGUUGAAAAUUUGGGAUGGCAUAUGUAAAAUGUUGAUCAUUCUAUGUUUAUCGAUUAUUAAUAAUCAUAAAUAUAUUUUUAUUUUAUUUUUUC